AUGGAUGCAUCGCUGGGCUGUCGCGUCCGUCCGCGCGCUGCGGUCGGCUGUGUGCCACAGGCCUCCCGUCGUCGUCCGUCGGCCCGGUCUGCUCGCGUCGCAUUGCAUCCGCUGCAGCCGCGUCGCCACCUGCUCGCCGCCAACAGCUUGCGCCUGCCGCAGAUCGGCGCGCGCCCGCACGAGGCCGCCGACCGGCGCCUGCCCCACUCCCCGCCGUCCCGCGUCCCCAGAGCGGCGCUCGUCGCGGAGUCGGCUUCCAGCGAGGAAAGCAAAGCCGAUGUGACUGUAACGGGCGAUGCAGAGGAGCAGCUGAGAGCGUCAGCGGCGGCGGAGGGGAGGGCGGAGGAGGGCGGGGCGUUCGAGUGGAGCCGCGCGUGGUACGCCGUGGGCGUGGCGGCCUCGCCCGCACGCCGUCACCGUCGUGGGCCGCCCGCUCGUGCUCUGGCGCGACGCCAAGGGGUCGUGGCGCUGCUUCCUCGACCAGUGCCCCCACCGCCUCGUGCCGCUCUCCGAGUCGGCGCAGCGGAUGCCCUCACACCGCGUAAGCCAGCACGCAUACAAUUCCCAUUACCUGUUGCCAGCUCACCCACCUCCUCUCACUGCGCCUCCGCCCGGCCACAGGGGCGCAUAGACGCGGAGGGGCGGCUGGCGUGUUCGUACCACGGGUGGGCGUUUGCAGGCAGCGGCGCGUGCGAGCUCAUCCCCCAGGCUGCGCCGGAGCACCCGGGCCAGGCACCCCGUGCCGUGUGCUCCCCGCGCGCCUGCGCCACUGCCUUCCCCGUGAGGGAGAUCCACGUGAGUGCCACGUGGCGAGGCCCGAGCAGUCCAUCCAACGUGCUGUUGCAUGCAGGCCACUCGCCCUUCAUUCACCCCAUUCUCCGCCACGCUCGCCCGCCCUUCCCCCCCUUCCCCUCCCUCCGCCCCACCCCCCAGGGAGUGCUGUUUGUGUGGCCCGACGAGCACUCAGCACAGCAGGCGGACGCGACGCCGCUGCCGCUGCCGCACGGGGUGGAGUGGGAGGAGUACGACGCGCUGCCGCACUACACGCGGCGCCUGGCGUACGGCUAUGAGGUGCUGGCGGAGAACGUGGUGGACCUCUCCCACUUCCCCUUCGCCCACCACGGCGUCGGCAUGACCACCCGCGACCAGGGUGGCCCCGUCAGCGACCUUGGCGUCCAGCAGCUCGUGCGUGGGGGGGUGGCGGGCAGGCACCGGGAUGUGUGGCACGGGGAUGUGUGGCACGGGGAUGCGGGCGUGAGGGGCUUUGAGGGGCCCAUCCACGUGUUUGGCUUCCCCACGUACCUCCGCUUCCAGGCGCCCCAACUCGUCUUCUACCACAACACCAUGAGGCCACGCCCCCCCAAGUUCGCCUUGCUGCCUAGGAAGCCGGAGGACACAUACGCGCCCAACACGUACCUGCUGCUGCUCUACAUCACGCCCUGUGCGCCGGGCAGCAGCCUGGCCGUGCAGGUGCAGCUGGUGAGGCGCGGCGACGGCAAGAAGCUGCCCUCCGUGCCGCGCUGGAUGCUGCACCUCCGCCAGCACCAGGUGUUUGAUGGCGAUUCCUACUUCCUGCACUGCCAGGAGCGAGUGCUGCAGGCGAGGGAGCAGCAGAUGGAGGAGGCGCGGGCGAGCAAGGGCGAGGCACAGCAGGGGGGAGGUGCGGCGGAGGGUGGGCGAGGUGAAGUGGAGGGGGGAGGGGGGGCGAGGGGGGCGGCGUGGAGGGCGUUCUACAUGCCCACCAACACCGACCUCCCCGUCGUUGCCUUCCACCAAUGGCUCUCCAAAUAUGCAGGUGGAGCGGUCGCAUACCCGCCGCCCUUCACAGGCGUGUCGCUGCCCCCCCAGCCGGCCCCCAAGGAGGUGGUGUUGGAGCGCAUGGCGUCCCACACAGCGCACUGCACCGCCUGCUCCGGCGCCCUCACCAACGUGCAGCGCCUCCAGCUGCUGCUUCCAGCCGCCUCGCUGCUCUCCGCUGCUGCUGCUGUCGCCUCCAGCUCCCUGCGUGCUCGCCUGCCGCUUGCUGUGCUGGCCCUGGCGGCUGCAGCGGCAGCGUGGAAGGUGCGGGAGGUGGCCAAGGAGUUUGUGUACACGGGGUGGGACCAUGCCACGCGGGAUUGA